AUGAUACAAUCUGAAGAAUCGAUUUAUAGAACUUACCAAUGGCCAAAAUCAACGCAAGAAGUGGUUCUAUCCUCGUUCUUCCUUGGGUACUCAAUUACGACUUAUGUUAGUGGUAUAAUUUGUCAAAAGUGGGGCGGCAAAAUUCCUAUACAAAUCUCCAUGUUUGUGAAUGGUAUUGUGUCUCUAUUAUCGCCGUGGGUGGUGGCUUGGGGUGGUUGGAAAGCGUUAUCAAUAUGUCGUAUAUUACAAGGUUUUUCCCAGGGUGGGAUGUUGCCUGGCAUACAUACACUUUUGGCAAACUGGGUGCCGUUCAAUGAGCGAGCCAGUCUUAGCAGCUUUUCUUAUACGGGUUCAGGAUUGGGUACUGUAAUGGGUUUCCAGUUUAGUGGUCUUCUGGCUUACAGUCGCUUUGGCUGGCCUUCAACCUUCUGGACUAUAGGUGUGCUCUGCCUGCUUGGGUUCACUCUUAUAACCUUAUUUGGAGCUGCCACGCCGAUGAAGCACAAAAGCAUUUCAGAAGAAGAGCGAAACUAUAUUAUUGGUGGAUCUGGUUAUGGAACUCACACUCAACCCAAAGUUCCAUGGAAAGCGAUACUUACAUCAACACAUGUUUUAGCCGCUAUUUUAAGCCACAUAUGCAAUAUAUUAUGUUAUACAUUCUUAUUUAUGCAAAUGCCAACAUAUAUGUAUGCGAUCUUGAAAGUUAAUAUAAAAAAUAGCGGUAUACUAUCGUCUCUACCAUUCCUUGGCGUUAUCAUCAUGUUUAAAAAUGCAAGACGGCUCGCAAAUUCUGUAGCUUCUAUCGUACCAGCUAUAGCACUAUGCUUCGUAUCCUACACCAAGUCAGUGACUGUGGCCGUCAUAUUGUUUGUAAUAGCUUUAGGUGUCCAAGCAACUAUGCAUUCCGGGUGGUUGGUGAACUACAUAGAUCUAUCACCGAAUUACAGUGGAAUUCUAAUGGCCAUUGGAAAUGGUUCAGCGAAUUUAAUGUGUGUCCUAAUAUUACCUGUAAUGGUCACAAAUAUCGUCAAGGAUGUCACAAAUCAGAUACAAUGGAGAAUGAUGAUGUAUUUAAUGGCUGCAAUCAAUCUUUUUGGGAACAUAAUAUUUUUUAUACUUAUAUCAACUGAAGUACAACCAUGGAAUGAAGAAAGCUUCAAAGAUGAGCCUGGGUCUGAAGAUGAAGCAAUCGCUCUACACGGUUAA